AGAGACGCGGACCGACCAAACCCGCACGCCGCUUGUUCUAUAGCUCGGCCGCUCGGCAGGUCAAGCCGCCCGCCCGUAAACCCUAUCUUCUCCUGUUCCCCUUCGCCCCCGGCCGGCGACGACGCCGCGCGCGCAGCGAACCCAGCCCCUCCUCCGGUUGCAGUAAGCAAGGAAGGAUGAGUAGGCGCUGGAGCCGGACCAUUUACGUUGGGAACCUCCCAGGGGAUAUCAGGGAGCGGGAGGUGGAGGAUCUCUUCUACAAGUAUGGACGGAUAGUUGAAAUUGACUUGAAGGUCCCCCCAAGGCCUCCUGGCUUUGCUUUUGUUGAGUUUGAAGAUCCCCGUGAUGCUGAAGAUGCGAUUCAUGGCCGAGAUGGCUACAACUUUGAUGGGAAUCGGCUUAGGGUUGAACUUGCACAUGGCGGGAGGGCCAACUCUUCAUCCCUUCCGAACAGCUAUGGUGGUGGGGGACGCCGUGGUGGUGUCUCUAGGCAUACGGAGUAUCGUGUUCUGGUUACUGGACUACCUUCUUCUGCAUCAUGGCAAGAUCUAAAGGACCAUAUGAGAAAGGCUGGUGAUGUUUGUUUCUCUGAGGUGUACCGUGAGGGUGGUGGUACUAUUGGAAUUGUUGAUUAUACAAACUAUGAUGAUAUGAAGUAUGCUAUAAGGAAGCUUGAUGAUACUGAAUUUAAAAAUGCCUUCUCUCGAGCGCCUAUAAGGGUGAAGGAGUAUGCUGGAAAAAGCAGCCGCUCCUAUUCACGCAGCCGUAGCAGAAGCCGAAGUGGCAGCUACAGCAGGAGUCCAAGUCCAAAGAAAAAACCAUCACGCCGUUCAGCGUCAAGAUCUCGGUCGAGAUCAGUUUCUUCCCAUUCAAGGUCACCGUCAAAGGAACGCUCUCCAUCAAGAUGAGGGAUUGUGCGGCGAUCUAGGGAUUGCAUAUUAGGAAAUUGAGGAUGGGGAUUUGGUCAGUUUGCACCAGCUCCAUUGGUUGACCGAGGUAUGGUAAUAAACUGGGAAUUGAACUGGAAGCUAAAAAUCAUCUAUUGUUUUUCUUUACCUAAUGGACUGUAACUGAUUACAUCAGAGCUUGGGCAUAGAGGUUUGGAACUCUGGAAGUAGAGCAUUAAGGAUUGACGGUUUGGACUAUGACGGCACAAUGGUAUUUGCUCAGAUUUGAGUACGCGAGGACUGGCUCCUUCACAGGCUUCAAAUUGGAGGGCUGUUCUAGCGUAUAUGCCGUAACAUUGACACAAAACACUUUCAGUACUGCAUGUUUUUUGACACAAGGAACUGAUUGCUUUUAAUUUCUGUGAACCCAUUUUACUUGCAUUUGGCGAUUGGAAUGCCGGGGAGGAUGGAGGUUCUUGGAAGCAAGCUAUUAAAGCCCCAUUCUGGAUAUUGAUUUCUCUUGUUUU